AUGGCCCCCGCUUCGGUGAGCGCUUUGAGCGCAGACUCAAUCCUCGACUACAUGGUCAAGAGCCUACCGACCCCGCCUUCCGCCUCGGAACAACCUAGACUCAUCAAAGAUCCAUAUGCUGCCAUUGCCCUGUUCUCACAUGCCUGCAUGCUUGCAGUUGGCUUCCGUCUCGUCGGCUUGGGAGAAGACCACAAGAUAGGUAAGGGUCUAUCGUUUCGCAGUGAACCAGACAUCUCACCACUUGCAGAAGCACAAUCAGAACCCCAGGAUGUUCAACCGUUGCCUUCCCAGUGGGAUGAAUCGUCCUCCUACGCCUUCCGCUAUGCUCAUUCACAGUCUGCCAUGGAGUACCUUAUCAAGGUGAAUCGACUAGGAAGCAAGGCUAUCAUAUUUGGUGUUGGCAUGGGCGACGACAAGACUGCCUCCUUUGAGGUCAAGGCCAAUGACUACAUUUCCGAUGGAUCAUUACAAGAGGCAACCCCGGGUGCCAAUACAGUCUCUGCACUUCGAAAUGUCUUUAUAUCAAAUGGCCGGAUCACAGAUCUUGCGUCACUGUUCAAACUUAAUAUCAUCCAGAAAUUGGCUCCGGGAAUCCAGAAGGCCGGGUACGAGGAAGCAACUUCCACCCUCGAACAGCCACGACGACAUGAAGAAACUCGCCCUCCUGAGCGUGACCCGUUACGAGAUGAUCAUCCUCCACCCGCACGACCAUACCCUUUCGACGAUCCUUUAGCGAUACCCCCUCGAAGACCUCAUCCUCCUGGAGACUUUCCGCCACCGGGUUUUGAAGAUGAAUAUGAGAUCAAUCGACCUCCACGCGGCAUGCUACCAGGUCAUCAGCCAUUUGGAAACAUUGGGGAAAGAGACCUCUAUCCUCCAGGCUUAGGCCCACAUGAUCCUCUCCGGAUAGGCCCUGGAGGCGGCUUUCGUGGCGGGGGAGGCAUGCAUCCCACUUUUGACGAUCCCUUGUUUGGUGGCCAAGGAGGUCGACAUCCUUUUGAUCCUCAGGUCCCUCCAGGGGCACGGUAUGAUCCAGUCGGCCCAGGGGAUGGUCCUCCAAAUCUUCGAGGAGGCGCACGAUUCCCAGGAGGCGGUGGAGGUGGAGGAGGAUGGGGUAGUAAUCCGUUCGGAGGGUUUGGAGGUGGUGACAUUAUAUAG